AUGUCGGCCUCAUCAUCGAAACCGACAUUCUGGAAACCAGGCACCUCUCAACCGGGCAGCUCGCUCGAUCGCUCCACCUCAUCCGCCCCACUCCUCCCUCCUCCCAGCACCUCCCCAUCCACCCUGCCGAUCCACUCCUCCCGCCUAUCGAUCCUGCACGCACUCGAAAUCUCCCAGAUCCUCAUCCUGAUCGGCUCCACUGGCAGCGGCAAGACCACCCAGCUUCCCAUCAUCCUUCACACCUCCGGCUGGUCCUCCCGCGGCACCAUCGCAUGCACGCAACCCCGUCGGAUCACCGCAACCACCGUCGCAGCCCACGUCGCCUCCUCCCUCGCCGUCCCCCUAGGCGAGGAAGUGGGCUACACCGUUCGCUUCGAAGAUGACUCCUCGCCUCGCACGAAGAUACGAUACAUGACGCACGGCGCGCUGCUCCGCGAGUGUCUCCGCGACCCCCUGCUCACCAGGUACUCUGUGGUGAUGGUGGACGAGGUGCAUGAGCGCGGGUUGGAUAGCGAUCUGCUACUGGGGAUCCUCAAAAAGAUCUGUCGCAGAAGACCUGAGCUGAGGGUGGUGGUGGCGAGUGCGACGGUGGAUGUGGUGGGAAUGAAGGAGCUCCUCGAUGGGCCGGGGGGAACCGAACUGUUCUCUCUAGCCCCGACAGGAACACGCAAGGUCGUCGUGGCAACCAAUGUCGCCGAGACGGGCAUCACCCUCGACGGCAUCGUCUACGUGGUCGAUUGCGGCCUCGCUAAACUCCGCACCUCUUCGUCCCUACACUCGACGCUGUCGGUUGCGCCCAUCAGCCAGGCAUCUGCGCUUCAACGCGCGGGUCGAGCCGGUCGAACGCGCCCGGGAAAGUGCUUUCGCCUGUACAGCGAGGCGACCUUUCACGCGAUGGCGCGCACUACAGCGCCAGAGCUCACGCGCGUAGGGCUCGAAGGGGUGGUGUUGCAACUCAAGUGUCUUGGUGUCGACAACCUUCUCUCGUUCCCGUGGCUUCCACCUGCGCCGCCGGUGGCCGCGCUGGCCAGUGCGCUGGGUCGACUCGUCCGUCUAGGUGCGAUAGAUUCCCAUUCCCGGCUAACCGAGCAGGGCGGGAUGAUGGGUGAGCUUCCCCUUCCCCCGCACCUCUCUCGUGCGCUGCUCGAAUCGACACGCCGCGGAUGCGCAUCCGAAACGCUCUCCCUCCUCGCCAUGAUGUCCGUCACAUCGCCCUUCUUUGCGGUGGAGAGCACCGAGACGCAGCUCUCCAUGCGCGCGUUCCAAGCCAAAGAAGGCGACAUGAUGACGCUGCUCAAUGUCUACCUUGCCUUUGAUGGCGUCGGGCGGCGCGGGAGGAAGUGGUGCACCCGACACCGGUUGAAUUUCGCCGCGCUGAGUAGGGCGGUGAAUAUUCGUUCUCAACUCGAGCGAUACCUGCAACGCUUCGCCUCGACAGUCAAGCUCGAUCCGACCUCGAGCAUCCUAGGACGGCAAGAUGCGGUGGAACGCCUAACGCGCUGCCUCUGCACAGGACUCUACGCCAAUUUGGCACGCUACGACGCAUCCACCAUGACGUAUCGCACCGCCGUGGGUGGGGACGAGGUGUGGGUGCAUCCCAGCAGUGUGUUGUUCAACCGGGCGCCGGAGACGGGCAAGCUGUGGGUGGUCUACGGCGAGGCGAGCCAGGGGGAUGACGGGAGGAUUUUCAUACGCGACAUUGCCGUGCUGGACGAUCUAACGUGGGUCACUGACGCCGUGCCUGGGUUCUACGAUGUCAAGACUCAUUGGGGCAGUAGUGCGCGGGGGACGCUUCAGACGAGCGCCGGCGACGAAUCGUAUUCAAAUCUUUGA